GGCCGGGCGUCUCUGCAGGGCUCACCGAGCGGAGGACACCUUUCCUACCUCUCGUCGCAUUCUUUGAGCCACGGGCGCCGGUGAUAGGAAUUUUUGUUAGUGUCGCUGCAUUUGAUCGUUGAGAAGUUUCUGGAAGAAUUGCAUUGAUCGGAAAUGAAUAUAUGGGUCCUGUAUUAAUGAUGCUUUCUUUCAAGCCGGUGUUUUAGUUGCCUCCGUCCUAUUCCGCCUUGACUAUUCGUAAUGAGUGAUGAGCAGGGAUGCCAAGUCUGUCUCAAACAUAGCUGGAUUUUGGUAUAUUUGAGAUUAUCUUUUAAAGGGUAAUAGAUGCGUAGUAUUUACUAAAAAGAAAUGAGUAUAACUAGUAUUGCAUUGAGAGUUGAGACGUGGCUUUUAGCUACAUGGCAUGUGAAAGUUCCUCUAACGUGGCUGGAAGCUUGUAUUAACUGGAUCCAAGAAGAAAAUGAUAAUAUACAAAUGAAUCAGGCACAAAUGAAUAAACAAGUGUUUGAGCAAUGGCUCCUUACUGAUCUAAGAGAUUUGGAGUAUCCUCUUUUACCUGAUGGCAUUUUGGAAGUUCCAAAAGGAGAACUGAAUGGGUUUUUUGCGCUGCAGAUUAAUUCACUGGUCGAUGUAAGUCAACCUGCAUAUUCCCAGAUACAAAAGUUGAGAGGAAAGAAUACAACGAAUGACCUAAUUACAGCUGAUAUACAAGUAACCCAAAAACCUUGGGAAGCAAAACCUUCACGAAUGUUGAUGUUACAGCUAACUGAUGGAGUUGUACAAAUGCAGGGAAUGGAAUAUCAGUCUAUUCCAGGUCUUCAUUGUAAUCUUCCUCCAGGUACAAAAAUUUUGAUUUAUGGAAAUAUUUCUUUCCGACUUGGUGUUCUCUUACUGAAACCAGAAAAUGUGAAGGUAUUGGGAGGAGAAGUAGAUGCUCUUUUAGAGGACUAUGCCCAAGAAAAAAUACUUGCAAGAUUAAUUGGGGAGCCUGAUCCCAUAGUUUCAGUCAUACCAAGUAUUUCUAACCAAAGCAUCUCCAGAAAUGCAGAUGUUCUAGAUCCUGCGUUGGGGCCUUCUGAUGAAGAACUCUUGGCAAGUCUUGAAGAAAAUGAUGAGCUUGCAGCAAAUAAUGAUGCCUCUUUGGAAAGAUACUGCAGCAUAGGUAGUGCCUCAAAUACUGUUCCCCCAAAAGAGUCAGGUGUUGAGCGAGGAUUUGUUAUUUCUCCAAUACCAAUGAAGAAACUACCAAAUCAGUGUAUGCAGUUCACUGAUGGGGAAUUAGAUGACUUUUCUCUGGAAGAGGCCUUGCUUUUAGAAGAAACUGUUCAGAAAGAACAAAUGGAGACCAAAGAAUUGCAGCCUUUGACUUUAAACAGAAACACAGAUGCAAAUAUAGAGAGAUUUUCAUGUAAACCUAAUACUCUGAAUAAUGUUUCUUUGUUUUGCAAAAAUGGAAGUGAUAAUGGGAAGGAGAAAAUAUCUGAACAAAUGUCUCAUGAAGACAACUCUUUUAGUUGUCCAACUGCUGGAGACCAAAACAGUGUUUUUUCACUUCAUAAUGUGCCUCCAUCUUAUGAUUUUAUAAACAAAGAUAAGAACUCAGAGAUAGAUAAUAAAAUAAAACAAGCCAUCAACAUUUCAGAUGGACAGUCCUUAAAAAAUGAAAGACUAAAUAGAGAGUUGAUCAAUUAUGUUCCAAAAAGCAGUUUACAAGUUUCUAAUGAAAGUGAUCCCAAUUUACAGACUUGUUCUUUAAGAUCAUCAGAGAAUAGCACUAAUCAUUCUAUCGCCAUGGAUUUAUAUUCUCCACCGUUUACGUAUUUGUCUGUUUUAAUGGCUAACAAGCCAAAAGAAGUAACAACGGUGACAGUCAAAGCUUUCAUUGUAACCUUAACUGGAAAUCUCUCAAGUUCUGGUGGCAUUUGGAGUAUAACAGCAAAAAUUUCUGAUGGUACUGCAUAUCUAGAUGUAGAUUUUGUAGAUGAAAUACUUACUAGUCUGAUAGGGUUUUCAGUAUCAGAAAUGAAACAGUUAAAAAAGAACCCUCUUCAAUACCAGAAGUUUCUGGAGGGUUUGCAGAAAUGUCAAAGAGAUCUAAUAGAUUUGUGCUGUCUAAUGACUAUUUCAUUCAAUCCCUCCUUGUCUAAAGCAAUGGUAUUGGCAUUACAGGAUGUGAAUGCGGAACACCUUGAGAAUCUGAAGAAGAGAUUGAAUAGUUUAUAAAAACUGUAAGAAAACAAAACAGGAAACAUUUAGAACUAAAUUUGUUAUUUUGUUUUUGAAACUUUGUAAUUGGGGAAAGGGAGGUUUUAUAACUUUUAGUUUAAAAAGUUUACUUGUGUUUGUGUAUUUAGAUUUUUUUAAACAAAUUAACUUUGGUAGUACCUGUUGCAAGAAAGAAUUUGGUGAGCCACUAUUACUGAGAAAUUCGUUCACCUCUUGUCAUUCACAUUAAAUAAUUGCUAAAGCAUUGUAUUGGUGUUUACUGAUGGAUCAUAUAGUGAGUCAUUGUUGAAAUGUUAAUAAUUAUUAAUGUAUUCAGGUGCAGAUUGCUUUGCUGGUUUUUAUUUUGCUGAUUGUAAAUAUUUGCCUAAUGCAUUUAAGGCAGAUAUUCUAUUACCUAGAUACCAUUUCAGAGAUUGUAUUAAGUGGUUAAAAACCUUAUUUUUCAAGGAUAAUUUAUUUUAAAUGGCAUAUUUAAAACAUUAAACUCUAGUAAAUAUUUCAUUUGGGCGGGUUAAAAAUAGGUAUUUAUCCCUGUCUUUAGGUAUUAUAUCCCUUUCUGAGCUAGCUACAUAUAAACCCACUUAGUUUUGUUGGAAAUGCUGAUUUUAUUUUUUUAAGGAAGACUGCCACUUUUCCACUUUGUAUUAAGAAGCUAUGAUUGAGAGGUAAAAUUAUUUUCAUUAAAUUUUGUAUUUAAGAAACCUAAAUUGAAGUAGUCUUAAAUUU